UGAGGUUAUAUAGUUACAAUAAAUGUCUAUUUUUGACGUAAAUAUCGAUUAAACCUAUAUAAUUACCUAAUUAAAUCCAUCUACGAUCGUUUUAUAAUGGAAUGUCCAGUUUUUAAAUUCUUAAAGUCGCCACUGCAUAUACAGAUGAGUGAUAUGAGUGAUGAGUGGUAACCCUUCCAAUAAAUCACAAAGUGACAUUGUGAAACAAUCUGAUUUAGAAGAGACCCGUCAAAAUGGGAAGAAAAUGUGCAGUGCCACACUGCUAUACAGGGUAUCGUAAAUGUAAAGAAAAGGCCUCGCUAUAUCGUGUACCAGACGAUGAUUUCUUCUUAAGUAAGUGGCAAGAGGCCAUAGCUCGAGAAGACAGACCUAUUACCCCGAAAGACUACGUUUGUGAGAAACACUUCAAGGACGAUGAUAUACUACGAAGACGAAUAAUAAAAGACGUCGUAGAGGAAUAUCAAAGACCUAGGUUGAAACCUGACGCUAUUCCCUCUAUAUUUCCUGACCUGCCUGAAUUUAUACUAAAGAUGGUGAAAAAACGCAGAAAAAUGCCGUUGGAGGAUUUAACAACAGCUGAAACAUGCGAUUCUUGGAAAAACAAGUCUGACAAUGAAACCGCUGGAGAAAACAUUAUCGAACAAAAUUUUAUGGUGCAGGAAAUUAAGACGGAAUCACCGGAAAGUAACGAAACUGACAAUAUAGUUAGUACGAUGUGUGAGACUAUUUUGAGCAAUGAGCUUGAUAUAAAAAGUGAACCAGAAGAGCGCACUGACAACUCCACGGAAAACGAUGAAGAUAACGAAAAUGAUGACGCCACUUUUGGGCCCAAGAUGCACCAUUGCGACCAGUGCGAUUAUCAAACGAAAUAUCCGCACAACCUCAGGACUCACAAAACUAAACACCUAACUGGGGAUGAGGCGUACAUGCAUUGCGAGCAUUGCCCAAAUUUCAAAACGAAAUGGGAACUGACGUACCGCAACCACCUAAAGAUCAAACAUGGGUUGGGCAAGCAAGAAGUCUUCAAAUGCAGUGUAUGCUCUUUCGAAACAAAGGUAAAACUGUGCUUGAAGAGACAUACGGAACGACACCAAAGAGACAUUCCCCCGAAAAUAUCAAAUGACCUUAUUGGAAGCAAUUUUAACGAAACGUCUACUGAAAAUUCUAAAAACUUCAAAUGUACCGAAUGCUUCUACGAGACGAACUCGAAGACCCACAUCAUCAGGCACAUCAAAACUGCACACAACACCGGCGAUGAUACGGUCGUGUUUGUAAAUAAACUACAGUCGAACCCAGGAGUCAAGCCCCUGUACAAGUGUUUAAAAUGCAGUUAUAAAUCCAAAACAAACAGGAGUUUGCUGAAACACAUCCUCAAACAUAAAUAUCCGAAACCGACGACCGAUCAACCGAAAUCUAACGUAUGGAAAUGCCCGAAGUGCCCUUUUGCCACGUUUUUCCAACAUGCCUUGCGAAAACAUCAAGAAACUGAUUGCGGGCGUUUGUUCGUGUGUAAAGAAUGUAAGUUUAAAACGAACUGUAAGCCUGAUUUUAUCAAACACUCGCUUACGCAUGGGAACAUUAGCUUGGAAUCUGUAGACCAAGGAUUUCUUGGAACGGCGGAACAAAGUGGAGAUGGGGGUGAAACAGAGAGUCGGUUGGAAGGGACAGGAAGUGAAAUGUUGUGGAAAAAUGAAGGAAAUAAAGUAAACGCGGUGCCAGAGUUUGUUGCAGUUAAAACCGAGAUCUCCGAUGUAGAAUAAGUUGUUUUUAUAUAAAAAAGUUUAUGUGUUAUAUAGAGUAUUUAUUUUUGUUUUAUGUUUUUCCAUUUUAGAUGUCUA